UGUGUCUGUGUCUUGUAGUCUUCAGUCUUGUCGUCUUGUUUUUGUUCGAGGCUUUUCUGCCUUUGACUUGAGACCAUGAGACACUUUGUUUUGGCUUUGGCUAAGAUUGUUAAAUUUUAAAUUAUUAUUAGAAUACAUAAAAUCAAGUGCAAUCAAAUGGAAGCAAAUCAGGAAAUGAACGAGGAAACUUGUAAAAUAGAAAUAGAGUAUAAUCACUUGGAUGAUGCUGUUUUGGAUGGCUUUAAAAGUGAAAUUCAAGAAGAGUCCAAUGAGGAAAGUACUCGUGACGCAUCUAAUUCUUUAGAUUUGAAGAAAUGCCCCAUAAAUACUGAAAUAGAACAACAUGGAAAUAAACUUGAUCAAUUUGAAGAAACCCAAAAAACUGAAAAAGGAUAUCUCCAAGAUGAAAUCAGAAUUGAAAUUACGGAGAAGCUCACUGAAGAUUCAUCUUACGAAGGAAAUGAUAUGAGUCAAGACACUGAAGGAACAACAUUAAAUAAAAAUAUGGAAGUUUUAACGGGAAAAAGACGUUAUAAAUGUGAAAUUUGUUUUAAGCCAUUUCGUCAAGCAAAUAAUUUGAAAUCUCAUUUGAAAGCGCACACUGGGGAAAAACCUCACAAGUGUGAAAUUUGUUUUAAGCAAUUUAGUCGAUCGGGGAGGUUAAAAAAUCAUUUUAGAGUGCACACUGGAGAAAAACCUUACAAGUGUGAGAUUUGUUUUAAGCAAUUUAGUGAAGCAUAUAAUUUGAAAAGACAUUUGCAAGUGCACACUGGGGAAAAACCUCACAAGUGUGAGAUUUGUUUUAAGCAAUUUAGCAUGUCAAGUAGUUUGAAAGUACAUUUGAGAGUGCACACUGGGGAAAAACCUCACAAGUGUGAUAUUUGCUUUAAGCAGUUUAUUACAGCAGGUGAUUUGACAAAACAUAUUAAAGUGCAUACUGGGGAAAAACCUCACAAGUGUGAAAUAUGUGAUAAGCAGUUUAGUGAAGCACAUAUUUUAAGAAAACAUUUGAGAGUGCAUACUGGAGAAAAACCUCACAAGUGUGAGAUUUGUUUUAAGCAAUUUAGUGAUGCCUAUAAUUUGAAAUCACAUUUGAAAGUGCACACUGGGGAAAAACCUUACAAGUGUGAGAUUUGCUUUAAGCAAUUUAGCAUGUCAAGUAGUUUGAAAGUACAUUUGAGAGUGCACACUGGGGAAAAACCUUACAAGUGUGAAAUUUGUUUAGAUCGGUUUGCUCAUAAAUUUCAAUUAACUUUUCACAUGACAGUUCACACUGAAGAAGGACCUCAUAAGUGUGAAAUUUGUUUUAAGCAAUUUGGUAGAACAGAUAUUUUAGAAAGACAUUUGGUAGGGCACACUGGGGAAAAACCUUACAAGUGUGAGAUUUGUUUUAAGCAAUUUAGUCAUAAAAAAUCCUUGAAAACACAUUCGCAAGAGCAUACUGGGGAAAAAGCUCACAAGUGUGAAAUUUGUUUUACUCAGUUUAGACGCAAAGGUAGUUUAAAAGAACAUUUGAGAGUGCACACUGGUGAAAAACCUUAUCAGUGUGAGAUUUGUUUAAAUCGGUUUGCUCGAAAAGAACAUUUAACUUGUCACAUGACAGUUCACACCGGAAAAAAACCUUACAAGUGUGAGAUUUGUUUUAAACAGUUUAGUGAUACAAGUAAUUUGAAAAAGCAUUUGAGAGUGCACACCGGGGAAAAACCUUACAAGUGUGAGAUUUGUUUUAAGCAAUUUAGCCUGUCAAGUAGUUUGAAAGUACAUUUGAGAGUGCACACUGGGGAAAAACCUCACAAGUGUGAGAUUUGUUUUAAGCAGUUUAUUACAGCAAGUAAUUUGCAAACACAUUUAAGACUGCACACUGGAGAAGUACCUCAUAAGUGUGAAAUUUGUUUUAAGCUAUUUAGUGAAGCAUAUAAUUUGAAAACACAUUUGAAAGUGCACACUGGGGAAAAACCUUACAAGUGUGAGAUUUGUUUUAAGCAAUUUAGUCAAGCAGGUAAUUUGAAAACACAUUUAAGACUGCACAUUGGGGAAAAACCUCACACUUGUGAGAUUUGUUUUAAGCAGUUUAUUACAGCAGGUAAUUUGAAAACACAUUUGAGACUGCACACUGGGGAAAAACCACACAAGUGUGAGAUUUGUUUUAAGCAGUUUAGUCAAGCAGGUAAUUUGAAAACACAUUUAAGAUUGCACACUGGGGAAAAACCUCACAAGUGUGAGAUUUGUUUUAAGCAGUUUAUUACAGCAGAUAAUUUGAAAACACAUUUAAGACGGCACACUGGGGAAAAACCUUACAAGUGUGAGAUUUGUUUUAAGCGAUUCAGUGAAACAAGUACUUUGAAAUAUCAUUUGAGAGUGCACACUGGAGAAACACGUUAUAAGUGUGAAAUUUGUUUUAAGCGUUUUUUUACAGUAAGUAAGUUGAAAGUACAUCUAAGAGUGCAUACUGGAGAAAAACCUCACAAGUGUGACAUUUGUUUUAAACAGUUUAGUAAAGCAUAUAAUUUGAAAACACAUUUGAAAGUGCACACUGGAGAAAAACCUCACAAGUGUGAAAUUUGUGAUAAGCAGUUUAGUGAAUCAGGUAAUUUGAAAACACAUUUAAGACUGCACACUGGGGAAAAACCUCACAAGUGUGAGAUUUGUUUUAAGCAAUUUAGUCAAGCAGGUAAUUUGAAAACACAUUUAAGACGGCACACUGGGGAAAAACCUCACAAGUGUGAAAUUUGUUUUAAGCAGUUUUCUCAGAAAAUUAAUUUGAAAACACAUUUGAGAUUACACACAUGAAAAAUUUCUUUAACUUAUUUGAUGCAGUCUGUGAUUUGAAACAAAAUAAAAAAGACAAAAAUUGGACUGUAAAGGAAACAGAUUUUAACCCUUCGCUGCGUAAGGCGCACAUGCGCGCUGAUUUCCGUAUGUAUUUAAAGAUGACAGUUUCAGGAGAUCAAGAAAACUUUGUACGCAUUUUCUUAAAUGUAGCUUGUACUCAUAGAUGAAAUUCAUAAAAUGUUGUGGAAUAUAUUUCUUUAAAACAUUUUUAUUUUGUACAAUAAAUAAUUUUCUCGUUUUGCCGCUUGUCAAGAACGUAGGCUUAAGUCAAAAAAGACGAUUUUAGAGGAGAAGCAUUUUAAAAUGUUAUAGAUGUGAUCAUGGGCAUAACUCCGAAUAAGUUGUUACUUACCUAUACAAUUUUGUUAGAAAUACAUCUAAAUACAAACUGUGAUAACUAGAUAAAUUUAUAAGGUGUUAAAAUUAUUAAAUAUUAUCAUUUUGUUACCCCAAUUAGACUUGAGCCUUUUUUCCUGAGAAACAUUUACUUCAAAAAGGGACCUAACUACAAAAAGGGUCCUUAUUUUAGAGAGAAUUUUCACAAAAACUAAUUGCAAGUAUAUCAAUCGUUCUUCACGAGAAGUAAACACAAAUUGCUUGAUAUUCUUCGGCGUAACUAACUUGGGUCUGUAUUCAUACGAAAAUGUUAAGUAUUUAACUACUUUUGCCCCUAACAAAUAUAGACACUUGGUGCCAUCUCUUAGCAACUAUUAACAUCAACAUCAUAGGUCUUUAUUCACGCGAUAGAUAUUUUUCUUUUUAGUAGAUCUGCAUUAAUAAGUCAAUUUCGUCAAAUUUUGACUUAAGCCUACGUUCUUGCGAAGCGGCGAUUUGUUACCAAUACAUUAUAAUGGUGUAAAUAAAUAAUUAUUGAUUGG